AUGAACAUAAAGUCAGUCAUUCAAGAAGCUAUGCAAUGGUAUAAUAUGGAGAUUUCCGCCGGAGAAUUGGAGUCUACACCUGAUGAAACUGACAUUUUGGAGAGUCAAAUUGAUAGUUUGAGGCCACCAGAGGGACAGAAAAUGAAGAUCAAUUUUGAUGGGGCAGCAGGGCCAAAGGGUUUCGCCUGUGGAGCUGUGGCUAGGGACUGUAAUGCGAGAUUUAAGGGAUGUCAGAAUAAGAUUCUAAUUCAUUGCAAAGCAGUAGAGACUGUGGGUAAUGGGGCAUUGUUAGCUGUGGAGAUGGCUCGUAGAAAAGGAUUUAAAGAGAUCAUUGUGGAAGGAGACUCUCUUAUCGUUAUAAAUGCGCUCAAGUAUGCUCAUUACAAGCCUGACUGGAGACUGCAAAACAUCAUCAACAAAAUCAGGGAAGAACUUCAGCAUUUCAAACCUGUGGAAUUUAGAUACAUAAAGAAAACUGCCAAUGAUGUGGCACACAAUGUAGCAGCGUUAGCUGUGAAAAACCACUCCUCUAAUGAGUGGACUACCUCCCCUACUUCUUGUAUUGCUCAGCUCAUUGAGAGCGAGUAUUCCCCUACUCUGUAG